AUGAGCUACCCUGGACCGGGCCCUUUGGGCGCUACCGAUCCUCUACGGUGGCGCCUGAACGCGAGCGACGAAGGACGGCAUAAUUGGUUCUAUCUAAGAAGCGAUAAAGAUACCUUAGGCGGGGGACGAAACGAGCUCGAGACGCCAGCAACGGACCGUCCACAGUCUUGCGAAGACAAGUUCUGGCUCGGGCUGGCGACGGACUUGCCGACGCUUGAGAGCGCAGAUGGCAAUCCAUACAAAGCGGCACAGAACGGCUUUGAAUUCUACAAGCAUCUUCAGUCGCCAGAUGGCCAUUGGGCCGGCGAGUACGGCGGGCCUCACUUUCUCAUCCCAGGACUUGUCAUUGCUUGCUAUGUGACUCGUACAGAGCUACCCGAAGAAUGGCGCAUUGAAAUCGCACGCUAUUUGGCCAACCUUCAACGCGACAACGGUCCAGGCGAUCAGGGAUGGGGCAUUCACAUUGAGGCUGUCUCAUCUGUAUUCGGUAGCGUGAUGAACUAUGUCGCCUUGCGUCUACUUGGCGUCGAUGCAGAAGAGCCAAUGAUGCAGCGCGCUCGCGCAACCUUUCUGCAUCACGGCGGAGCGAGCUUUAUUCCUUCUUGGGGCAAAUUUUGGCUAUCUGUGCUCAAUGUUCAUGAAUGGCAAGGCUUCAAUCCCACGCCGCCUGAGUUGUGGCUUUUGCCAACGUGGCUGCCCAUGCAUCCAUCGAAAUGGUGGGUGCACACGCGCGCAGUCUACAUACCGUUCGGCUAUCUGUCCGGCAAGCAAUUCAAGGCACCUCUUGACGCACUGACGAAGGCAAUACGGCAAGAGAUCUACGCAGAGCCAUACAGCAUGAUCGACUGGAAUAAAGCGCGCAAUCAAGUCGCGCAGGUCGACAUGUACUGCCCGCAUUCAACUUGGCUCGAUUAUGGCUUCGACGCGUUGGUCCAAUACGAGAAGCACAGGCCAGAUUGGUUACGGCAACGCGGUAUCGAUUACGUUUACAAACUCAUCGUGAUGGAGGAUGAGAAUACAGGUUACCAGACAAUCGGACCAGUGAGCAAAGCAAUGAACAUGAUAUGUAGAUGGGACAGAGAGGGACCAGACUCGGAAGCUUUCAGACUCCAUAAAGAGAAGAUCAGAGACUUCUUCUGGAUUAGCAGGGAUGGUAUGAUGAUGACGGGAACAAACGGCAGUCAGCUCUGGGACGCUGGUUUCAUCGGGCAAGCGAUAGCAGAUACCGGCCUUGCAGACGAGGAAGAGAAUCACGCUUCUGCAUUAAAGCUGCUUGACUGGCUCGAUAGGGCGCAGAUCCGGACCAAUCCUCGACAUUACGAACAAGCAUAUAGACACACAACGCAAGGCGCGUGGCCCUUCAGCACUAAAGAGCAAGGCUACACCGUCAGCGACUGUACGGCUGAGGGCCUCAAAGCGGUCAUCUAUCUUUCGAAACUCAAAUACGCCCCGAAGCCUGUAUCUUACAAGCGAUUGUGCGAUGCGGUCGACGUCUUGCUAUCUUUACAAAACUCAGACGGUGGCUUCGGAUCGUACGAGCUCGUGCGAGGCCCAAAGUGGCUCGAGCUGGCCAAUUGCGCCGAGGUCUUUGGCAACAUCAUGGUCGAAUACACUUACCCCGAAUGCACAACGGCCUGUCUGACGGCGCUCACCCUGUUCAGCAACGAAUUUCCAGGCUAUCGCUCUAGCACAAUCGAACGCGUGUCUCGACGAGCGAUCGAAUACAUUCACGGGACGCAACGGCCAGACGGCUCGUGGUUCGGUUCUUGGGCGAUCUGCUUUACUUACGCAACCUAUUUCGCCGUCGAGAGCCUGGCGGUCAAUGGGGAGACAUACAAAUCAUCUGAACGUGUCAAGCGAGCUUGCGACUUUAUCCUUUCCAAGCAGAAAGAGGACGGCGGAUGGGGCGAAAGCUACAAGUCCUGCGAGACGGGCGAGUACGUCCAGCACGAGCGAUCUCAGGUCGUCAACACUUCUUGGGCUGUUCUUACGCUGCUGACCGCAAAGUGUCCCGACAAGGCAGCCGUCAAGCGAGGUGUCGGUCUCAUUAUGGCGCGUCAAAUGCCAGAUGGUUCGUGGGCUCAAGAAGCGAUAGAGGGCAUCUUCAACAAGAAUUGCGCGAUUAGCUACCCAAACUACAAGUUCAGCUGGACGAUAUGGGCGCUUGGCAGAGCUUGGAAGGACAUCUAUGCGAAAGAACAAGUGUAUCAUUGA